CUGGACAGAGCACAGCUGGAUCAGGCUGCUGCAGAGCCGGGAGAGCACCGUGCAGGAGGAACCCCAGCACACCCGCCCCCCGCAGGACACAGCCAACCGCAGCUGAGCAACAGCCAACAAGCAAGACGAAGAGCCAAUCACGAAGCACCUUUGAAAGCUCCAGGAUGCAGAUAACUUCAGCGCUAGCGUGCCUUGCCCUGGGCCUGGCUCUGGUCUUUGAGAAAGGAUCUGCUUUACAUCUCCAAGAGUCCCACACAGCCCAUCAGGCCACUGACUUCGGAGUCAAAGUGUUCAAGCAUGUGGUCCAGGCCUCCAAGGACCGGAACGUGGUUUUCUCUCCCUAUGGGGUGUCCUCGGUGCUGGCCAUGCUGCAGCUGACCACAGCAGGGAAGACCCAGCAACAGAUCCAAGACGCUAUGGGAUUCAAAGUCAAUGAGAGGAGCACAGCCCCUGCCCUGCGUCGGCUGUCCAAAGAGCUCACAGGGCCAUGGAACAAGAACGAGAUCACCACCGCGGACGCCAUCUUCGUCCAGCGGGACCUGGAGCUGGUCCAGGGCUUCAUGCCCCACUUCUUCAAGCUCUUCCGGACCACGGUGAAGCAGGUGGACUUCUCAGAGGUGGAGAGAGCCAGAUUCAUCAUCAAUGACUGGGUGGAGAGGCACACCAAAGGUAUGAUCAGUGACUUACUUGCCAAAGGGACUGUGGACCAUUUGACGCGUCUGGUGCUGGUGAAUGCCCUCUACUUCAACGGCCAGUGGAAGACCCCCUUCUCAGCGUCCAGCACCCACUACCGCCUCUUCCACAAGUCUGAUGGCAGCACCGUCUCUGUGCCCAUGAUGGCUCAGACCAACAAGUUCAACUACACUGAAUUCACCACUCCUGACGGCCACUACUAUGACAUCCUGGAACUGCCCUAUCACGGCGAAACCCUCAGCAUGUUCAUCGCGGCGCCCUACGAGAAGGAAGUGCCCCUCUCCGCCCUCACCAGCGUCUUGGAUGCUGAGCUCAUCCGACAGUGGAAAGGGAACAUGACCAGACUACCCCGUCUCCUCAUCCUGCCUAAGUUCUCUCUGGAGACUGAGGUGGACCUCAGAGGGCCCCUGGAGAGUUUGGGCAUGAUGGACAUGUUUAGCCCAAUCCAGGCCGACUUUACACGUCUUUCCGACCAAGAGCAGCUCUCUGUUGCUCAGGCACUGCAGAAGGUCAAGAUAGAGGUGAACGAGAGUGGUACUGUGGCAUCAUCCUCCACAGCUGUUCUCGUCUCCGCCCGCAUGGCCCCUCAGGAGGUGGUUAUGGACCGACCCUUCCUCUUUGUGGUUCGGCACAAUCCGACAGAGACCAUCCUCUUCAUGGGCCAAUUGAUGGAGCCUUGAUAGCGGAAGAGAGAGAAGCCUUCACUUGGGACAAAACUGGAGACAUUUAUAAGCAGAAACUGAAGAAAAGAAUUAUUCUAAGUACUCUUUCGGGAGAAAAAGGAUGCAUUUCCUUUUCACUCCCACACUGGUAAAUCUUUCCAACUGGCCUCCCAGACCUCGGACUCGCGGAGGGGAAAGAGUUGGACUCCUCUGUUCCACAAAGGUCUGUGAUCCAGACCAUAGACCUCACAGAAUCUUCAUCUGCUCAUCUUCCUAACGUUCAGCCUUUGGACCUGGGUCCCACCAGUGGGGUGGGGCCACAAGGCUUUCCCUCAGCAUGCUUGGCAAAAGUCAUUUGUGUUCCAGUCAGGCUGUGGCUACCUCUGGCCCCAGUCUGCCAUGGCUGGGGUGGGUGGCCAUGAGCUAAAGGAAGAAACGCUGCCUUUAUCUCAAGGUGCACUGUGGAAACAACCACCUUGCCCAGCUCCCAGGGCCAGCAGAUGGACGGAUUAAGUGUUUGCCCGGGAUGGAGCCCUUUCCCCGCUCCCUGUGUGCCCUCCCCGACACAGCAUACAUAGGUUAUUUCAGAGUGUAGGUGACUUGUUUACAUAGCUUUUUUCAACCCACAAACUCUUUUUCUUUUGGGAACAGUGAAAAGAAAGGUCAGAUGUGUGUGUGCCUGGCUCUUCAUCCCCCCAAUCUCCCAGAGGGGUGCAGGGGAGAGGCCAGGGGUGUGCGUGAAUAUUUAUCACAUUCUUCCUCUUGUAUGCUUGUUGGAGAGAAAAGCACUGUUAAGGAAAAAGCAUUUUAUUUAAACCAUGGCACACGGUGUCCUAUUUGGGGUCUGUAGUCCUGUAUCUCAGGGGUGCGACACUCUACAAGCCUGCCCCUCCAGGUGGCCCCAGUGAUGGGGGCUCACACUGCCGACUAGUGGCAGCCUAACACACCCUCACCCCAAUACUCGCCUCCGUCCCGUCCCCCCCACCCCCCACCCCGUGGCUUUUUUUUCCUUAGGGACCUUGCCAAGGUGAUGCUUGGCAGCCCACGUUAAAGGAAGAAGAAGAAAAUAUAAGAUUGGGAGGAAGGGAGAGAUUUGAGGGAGAGCAAAGUGGGUUCACAUUUUCCCAAUACAUUCAGGAACAGAAUGGCAAAAGGGGCUGUGUGACCCAACAGGACAGAACUUUCUCCAAUUACCGGGUGACUCAGAGCCGCACUGGUGACUCACUUCUAUGUGUCAUUUCCGGCUGCUGUAUGUGAGCAGUGGACACGUGGGGGGGGGGGGGGAGGGAUGAAAGAGACAGCCAGCCCGGUCAACCACCUUAGUUAGAUAAUCAUUUUUGAAAGCCUGCAGGGAGGGGUGGGUAUGAUCAGAAAACCAAUUUACUGAAAAAUUGCACAAGAAGGUAACGUGAAUGUAAUCUCAUAGCAGGUCACUCCGCCUCCAUUAUGCCUCCACCGGAAAAACAAACAACUCAUUUGUGUUUUUGUUCCUAUCUCUCUCUUUUUCCUCUUUUCAUUAUGCACUGGACAGCCACACACUGUACCCACAGGGGCCCCAAAGUUGGGGUGGAAUGUUCUUGA